CAAAGCACGUGGAGUUCAACAUUCUCAUGGAGCGGCGCGCGGAACUCCCAUGAAUCCGCCCUACACUCAGCCUCUCCAGCAGCCAACUCCCAGCAGUCAAUAACCUAGAAUCAUUCUAGCCGUCGCUAAAUGUGGAGUAAGGUUGCAGGAAUAAUUGAUGUCGGUUUCGGUCUCUUGAUCGCGGCGGCUUUCUCCAAGUUCCAACCGACAAUUUCCAAAUUGCUGCAGCCCGCGCCGUUUCAAUCUAUCAUCCCGCUCGCUGUUCAAGUCGGUGUUGGGAGGCCGGGAUACGACACUCGAUUAAGUUGCCAUCUAGAGCCUCAAAUAUCCCCAGCCCGUCUCUUCCGGAGGGACGGACGAGCCGCAACCACCCAAAGUUCAAACUCUGCCGUGUCAUCCGAUUGUAGGAGGAGGAUUCAAAGUUUGCCGCCGAAAAUAAAUAGCUUUGCUCGCAGCUGCAGGCCAGGAGCGAGAAUUGCGGCGCAAUCAGAUUGCCUCUGUCAAGUGUGUUAGCAUUUCUAUGCGCAGUUAGUCUACGGGCCUGCCCGAUAAUUUCCAGGUUCCCCUCCAUCCGUUCCGUUGCUUAGUCCGUUGCUUUGUCUUCCUGUUGUUUUGUGUUAAGUCGGUCCACGUCAGGAUAAGAGGUUUCUCUGGAUCUUCAAGAGACACGUUAUAGCGUUCUUGUCUUUCGCCAUUGUCUCGAUCCCUACGGCACCUAGCUAGGUAUGGGGGUGCCUUACUCACGACGGUAAGCAUGGCAGGAGGCGAGUUGAUUACUUGACCAUUGAAUUCCCGUUGUUUGCAAUAUUUGACAAAGAGCUCAAGACUGAAUCAUUGCACGGAUAUCCGUAUAAAUCAAAGGACAAAUACCUACUUGAGCAGCUAGCAUCGGUUUUCAUGCUUUACAUAGUAUGUAGCCAGUUAAUAUUAAGCCUCAAAACCCCUCAAGAAGAACCCGAUACCGCAUUGAAGUCUGUAUCUCUCUUCCAAGGUUCCCAGUCAGCCAACCAGGCACACCACAAGUUUCUGGAAGCCCCCUUUCUUGGCACCAGGGUUCAGGCAUCCGGGUCCUGAAACGAA